GUAUACCUUUAAAAAUAUAUUUUUAAUUUUAGGUUAUUUUACGCGACUAGGUAAUAAACGAAUACAUAUAGAAAAUACUGAAACUGCAGUGAAAUUAAAAAAAGUUAGACUUCAAGCAGUAUCAGAUUUAGGAUUCAUAGAAAUUCAAUCAGCACACAACCGUAAGGUUGUGUGGUAUUAUUAUAAAAAUAUUAAUAAUGUACAGAAUUAUUCGAAUUUCUUCAAGUCCAUCAAAUCCGCUUUAGUAGAGACUAUUAAUAAACAUUGUUUGCCGAUUAAAUUUAAUUUGAAAAUAGAGGCUACAUAUAAUAGACCUAACGUAGAAAAUUCUUCCGAGAAUAGAGCUUUUAAAACCUCGGCCAGGGAGAUUUUCGCAGAUAGCGAUUUAUUGUCAAUUUUAGAAGAUUGUUUUAAUAAAUUGAAAUAUGAGGAGGAGGAAUAUACUGGUAAGGGCUCUGGAUUUUCUUUCCAAAACAUUGACGGAAUUUUAUUGGGGAUUUAUAAAUAUUCUCCAUUGUCCGGCUCUUCUUUUAUUCAACUCCCACCAUGCGUUGAUUAUAAACGGGCUACUAUUAACCCUCAAAACUCAGAUCAGCUAUGUUUCAAGUGGGCUUUAUUAGCUAAACAUGUUGUGGGAGAAAAUAAAUGCCGCAUUAAUAAUAGAUAUACCAGGCAUGAGGGCAAAUAUAGCUUUGAUGGUAUCUCAUUCCCAACUCCGCUGUCAGACAUAAAAAAAUUUGAAAAAAAACAAUCAAAACGUUAAAUUAACGUAUCUCUAUAAAUGU